CUCGACGCCACUGGAAAAGACAUUGCCACUCUGAAGACGGGCACGUGGUUGAACGACGAGGUUGCAAAUUUUGCCAUCGGUUUGCUGUCUCAACGCGCCAUAAAUAGUAUGCCCAAAGGAGAGACGCAGCCAAAGGUGCACUUUUUCAGCACCUUUUUCAUCAACAAGUUGUACCAGGAUAGCAACAUGUACGACUACUCGAACGUCCGAAGAUGGACGUUGCCGAAGAAGCUCAAGUACGACGUGUUGCGCUGCGAAAAAAUCUUCGUACCGAUUCAUCAAUCCGUACACUGGGUGCUCGCUGAGAUCGAUACGCGCAAGAAGCGCAUCAGUUACUACGACUCUCUCCUCGGCGAGAGCGGCGUCGCGGUGAAGAAUCUCAAGCGUUGGCUCAUCGACGAGGCAAAGAAUAAACUCAACGAGGACUGGGACCCGGACGAGUGGAUCGAAGCCUACCCCAAAGACAUCCCCCUGCAAAAGAACGGAUGCGAUUGCGGCGUCUUCAUGAUCAAAUACGCUGACUACCUCUCCGCCGGCGCCGAACUCGCGUUUUCCCAGAAACACAUGGAAUAUUUCCGUCGGCGUCUCGUGUGGGACAUCGUC